AUGUUCUGGGGCUGCACCAUCGCGGCCCUGCUCUGUGUUCUGGCCCCACACACCAGGUCCGAGGUUCUUGGUGCGGCUGAACCAGCAGCAGAGGACCAUGGAUGUGCAGACCUCACCAACACCACAUGGCAGCAGUACAGACAGAGGACCGAGCUCCAGGUUCGAUAUCUGCUGCUGACCAGAGACACCCAGGACUGUGCUCAGGCCUUCAGCCAGGACUCCCUCUCCAAGACACAGCUGCCUCCUCACUUCAACACCUCUCUGCAGACCAAGGUCAUCGUCCACGGAUACAGGGCCAUGGGCAGUAAGCCGUCCUGGGUGCUGAACCUGGCUCAGGUCUUGCUCAGGGCAGAGGAUGUGAACGUCCUGAUCGUGGACUGGGUCUACGGAGCAUCCUUCGCUUACAACCUGGUGGUGGAGAACUACAAAGAGGUGGCUGUGCAGAUCUCGAUCCUCAUCAACCACCUCCAGAAACAAGGGAGUAAGCUGGAGUCGUUCCACUUCAUUGGGGUCAGUCUGGGAGCGCACGUGGCCGGAUUUGUGGGAACUCUUUUUGAGGGAAGGAUUGGACGGAUCACAGCUUUGGAUCCGGCCGGACCCAUGUUCAAAAGAGCCGAUACCUUCGAUCGAUUGGACCCAUCAGAUGCCAAGUUUGUUGAUGCCGUUCACACCGACUCAGAUUACUUUGGCAUCUCCAUCCCAGUCGGUCACGUUGACUUUUUUAUAAAUGGCGGGAACGACCAGACCGGAUGUGCCCGCUCAAGAUUUGCUUCUAUGUAUGGCUAUGUGAUCUGUGACCACAUGAGGGCGCUGCACGUGUACGUGAGUGCAGUGAACGGCUCGUGCGCGCUCACGGCUCUGCCCUGCACCAGUUAUGAGGACUUCCUGAGGGGCCAGUGUGAGGACUGCAAUGUGUUCAAGGGCACUUGUCCAACCAUAGGUUUAUCGGUCAACAGCGGCCUCACUGUGUCACCGGUUCCCAGAGAGCAGAAAGUGUUUUUAAUCACAACCUCCUCUGCUCCAUUUUGUGCUCAUCACAUCCUGGUGGAGCUGGUGGUCGCUGCUUUGGACAAAAGUGCUGAAGUAGAGAUCUCUCUGGACAAAGGAAACCAAAAAGUUGAGAAGAGGCUUCGACUUCAGAGAGACACCACCGUGUACAGGGCAGUGCUGGCUCAUCCGUCUCCUCUGUGUGAGCUCCACUCCAUCACCGUCAGAAACACCGGGGCGCGCCUCUAUCGACAAACCCUAAUUCAAGUUCGAUCUGUUUGUGUGUCGCAGCUGCCCAGACGGGAGAUGCCUCUUUGUGUGAACAAGUUCGACGUCCGGCGUGGAACUCCGUGGUCACAUGACUUUGUACAAGUCUGUAACUGA